AUUUCACUGUUGUCUUUGAGAAACAAUGUUUAAAGAUGAAGGUGUCCAGAAGUAUCCUCUUUCAGAGCCACCAGGAGUAAGUCAUAACAAAAUGCUUGGGUCCGCCAGAUUGCUGCUAUUAUGGAGAGGAAUUGCAUGCCACCCAUCAAAUUGGCCAGAAUAUCCAAAGUGUUAGGCAGGACCAGUUCACAGGGCCUGGAAUUUAUGGACAACACUAGCUCUUGCAUCAUUCACCAUGUUAAAGGCCCCAUGGGAGAAGGUGACAUGCUUGCCCUGUUGAAGUCAGAAAGAGAAGCGCUAAGCCCAUGCUGAACUUGCUGCUGGGUCCUGAGUGUCCACCAGUUGGCCCAUGGGGUGACCUGCAGCUGUUAAAGCCUUUGUGCUGUAUGGAGUGUGUGGAAGAGAAGCUUCUGUUAUGAGAAUAGUUUUUAAGGUGUUGUUUAUUACUAGUUUGUAGACUCAAAUAAUGAUCUUAGUCAAAAACGGUCCCUCAUCCCUGAUGAAAACUCUUCAGACUCUUGUAAGUAGAAAACUGUUUCCCUGGUGUGUUUAGGGACAAUGACUAGAGGGAGGAGCGAGGCUGUAGACAGUCUUGGGUUAUCAGCCAUGCUUGACCUUGACCAGGCAUCUCAAAUGAUGCUUCUGAAAUCAUUAGGGAUGGAAAUGAAAAGAGUUUUGAAGAGAAAAGCCUUUGUCUGAAUCUCGAUCUCAUCUUUCUCCCCAAUGCGAUGAGGAUAUGAUUGAUCAGCAAACAACAAGAAAGCGCACAGGGCUGGAGAGAUGGCUCAGGUGUUAAGAGCACUGGCUGCUCUUCCAGAGAUCCUGAGUUCAAUACCCAGCAACCACAUGGUGGCUGACAACCAUCUGUAAUGAGGUCUCGUGCCCUUAUCUGGCCUGCAGGGGAUACAUGUAGGCAGAACACUGUACACAUAAUAAAUAAAUAAAUCUUUGAAAGAAAGAAAGAAAGAAAGAA